AUGACUUUCAACCCUUUACUACAGCGGGUGCGAAGCUCCAUUGUGUGGCGUUGGCAUAGAGAAUCACCCGUUUCGCGGAACGUCCGCGCUCGGACCCACGUCUUGCAGAAUUCCUCAGGAAAAGGUCGACGAACUUUCCAUGAGCCUCGUCAUCUACAAUCGAUGCUUGCCUUUCGAGAAAUGCCAAUGCCAACGCGGCUGAUCUUGUCGCGAAGCACAUUUUUCGUACUGCGCCGUGGAAGUUUGUCGUGUCACGUUCCAGAAACACGCCUAGUGGUUAGAUUUCGAUGCCUCGGAGGAACGGGAACGGAGCAACCUCACAAUACGUUCAACCGGUUUGCUUUAAAAGUCUUGGCUCCUAUCUGGAUUUCCACCCAACACGAUCCAACACGCACGCUCUUUUUUCUUGGGUUGGUGGUACACCCGUAUUGGGUUAAACUUUUGGUCAAUAUGUUAAAGAAAGCUUCUGCUCAUUUUGGCCAGAACGAGUGCUGGCACCUUGAACAUCGCCUUCUAGCAUUGCAAUGA